AUUCUUGUGUUCUCUGCUCCAAACAACGAUUACUUGUUCUCAGUAUGACUUGAGGUUUUUGACAGAUAGUUACAGACAACGUGACAGUUGUACAGUAAUACAAACAUAUUCGUAAAUAAAGUGAAGAUUGCAAAAUAUCAAAAAUAAAAGAAGAAUUAUCAUUGAUUACACUGAAAGUAAAUGCGGUGAUUAAGGUUGUUGUUUCACGUGCAAAACAGGUUUCUGUUGUAAUUUCGACGAUAUGUCUGAUUAUUUCGAGGAAAUGGGUUGGACGCCUUUAGGUGACGGAGAAACACCGAAUCAUCUGAUUCAAAUGGCACGAUUUUUACGAGAUUAUGGCAUGUGGGAAUUGCUUGGGGAGGACGCAAAACUUCCACCUCCAGCGUCGAAAAAUGCUGUAGAAACUUUACCAGAAAUUAAGAUUGAAUCCAGCGAAAUUAAACAGUGCCCGGUUUGCUUAAAAGAAUUCGAAGCGAACGAUAAAGCGAAAUCGAUGCCUUGUCAUCAUGUAUUUCAUCAAGAGUGUAUUAUACCCUGGUUAGAAAAGACUAAUUCGUGUCCACUCUGCCGAUAUGAAUUGCCAACAGAUGAUGAAGAGUAUGAAAUGUAUAGGAAAGAGAAGAAGCGAGCGGUGGAGAGGGAGAAAGACUUGGAAUCGCUGCAUAAUUCUAUGUUUACGUAGGAAAAAUUUAUAUCAAUAUCAAUUUUUAGCAAAAAUGAUUAUCUUUU